UGUCAACAAUAACAUAUUUGGCGGGAAAUAUGAGAGAAAUUUUGGUGGAGGUGAGAGAGCAAAAGUAGCAGUGUUCAACCCCGACCAAUCUCUCAUGGAUUCCGACUCCGAUUCCGAUGGCUCUCACAUAUCCUCAACACCACCACGCCACCCUCCUCCAUCUCCACAGUUUUCGUCGCGCCGUGCUCUUCUUGCUACCGCCAAAUCAAGAGCUCAAGCCAAAAACACCUCAGCCAUUUCAACAAAAAUUUCCCGCCCAUUGCUAAGACCAAAAACCUCAACCAAAAAACCCAUAAAAUCCAAGGACGAUACCACCAUUCAAAGUCAACAGAAUCUCUCCGAUUUACCCUUCCACAUUCACUCAAACGACACCGUUUGUAGUGAAGCUCUUCCUUCUAGAGGCUCAUUUUAUUCGAAAUUCGCUUCAUCUUCAAGAACCCAGGAAACCCCAAUUCAAAAUCCACCUUCCCCACCGACAUUCUCCGAUUUGCCAUUCCAAAUUCACCGUUCGGAAAAUGCCGCCGUUUUGUCCCAUGACAACAGUUCCGGUGAAGUUCUUCCUGCAGGUGGCUUGUACUUACCGAAAUUUGCUUCUUUUUCGAAAACCCACAAAACCAUUCUCAAUUUUGAGCCCGUUGAAGCUGAUUCUAUUGACCCCCGGUUGGUCCAAGAGAAUGAAAAGGAAGCAGUUGAGUCGGGUUGUCGGACUAAAGCUGCGAGGAAACAUCCUAAUUUAAUAGGGAGCAAUGUGUCGUCUACGUCUUCAUUGCCCGUGAAGAAGGUUAAAUGUGCUAAUGAGGGUAACUUUGUAAGGCUGAACAUAAAUGGUUAUGGUAAAAAGUUUGCAUCUAAAUUUAAAAGAAAGAAUUUUAAUUCAUCAAGUGGUAAAAAGUUCUACCGGAGAUGGAAAAAGAAAGUUGGGGUUGAAGGUAAGAAGGGGGAGAAUGGCUUGUGUGAUGAAGAAGGUUUGGUUGUGGAAGUUAAGGGAAGAGGGGAAAGGUUGGAUUUUGAUGCAGAGUUGAUUGAAGAAGCUGUGAUGAGAGUUAGAAAUGAGGUGUCCGAUGAGAAUUUGUUGAGGUUGUUGAAACUGACUUACGGGUAUGAUUCAUUUAGAGAUGGGCAGUUGGAGACACUCAAGAUGGUGCUUUCAGGGAAAUCUACAAUGUUGGUAUUGCCAACAGGUGCUGGGAAGUCGCUGUGUUAUCAGUUGCCAGCAAUGGUUUUGCAGGGAGUUACCAUCGUUAUUAGCCCCUUGGUUUCCUUGAUGAUUGAUCAGUUAAAGCAGCUGCCCGCUGCAGUUGAGGGUGGUCUUUUGUGUAGCAGUCAGACACCUGAGGAGGUCUGGGAAACGUUUAGAUUACUAGAAGAAGGAUCCAUAAAGGUCCUUUUUGUUUCACCAGAGCGGUUUCUCAAUUCGGAAUUUUUGUCCAUUUUUUGUAACACUCAAAUCUCACUUGUGGUUAUUGAUGAAGCCCACUGUGUUUCUGAAUGGUCACACAAUUUUCGGCCUUCAUAUAUGCGGCUUAAAGCAUCAUUAUUGCGUGAUAAACUGAAGGCUCAAUGCAUACUUGCAAUGACAGCAACGGCAACUACUAAAGCAUUGUAUCAUGUGAUGCACGCGUUGGAUAUCCCAUCAACUAAUCUUAUCCAAGUACUGAAACCAAGGGAUAACUUGCAGUUAUCAGUAUCUUCGAGCGAAAACAGGAUGAAAGAUCUGAUGACCUUGCUGAAGUCUUCCCCCUUUUCAGAAGCUAAAAGCAUAAUCAUUUACUGCAAAUUUCAGUCGGAAACUGAUUUCAUUUGCAAAUAUCUAUGCGACAGUAAUAUCUCAGCAAAGAGUUAUCACAGUGGAAUUUUUGCAAAAGAUAGGAGCCGUACGCAGGAGCUGUUUUGUGCAAACAAGAUAAGAGUGGUUGUUGCAACUGUGGCAUUUGGCAUGGGACUCAAUAAGAAGGAUAUUGAAGCCGUAAUACAUUACAGCUUACCAGAGAGCUUGGAAGAGUAUGUCCAGGAGAUUGGUCGUGCUGGACGUGAUGGUAGAAUCUCUUAUUGCCAUCUGUUUUUCGAUGAUGUUUCCUAUUUUAAGAUUCGCAGUCUUAUGUACAGUGAUGGUGUCGACGAGUAUGUGGUGAACAAAUUGCUGUGUCAAAUUUUCAGUGGCAGCACAAAUUCUGUUGGGAUAAUAUGUUCAUUAGUUAAAGAGUCUGCUUGUCGUAAAUUUGAUAUGAAAGAAGAGGUAAUAUUAACAAUCUUAACACAAUUGGAGCUAGGCGAGGUCCAAUACUUACACUUACUCCCACAGACGAGUGUAACAUGCACUUUGAACUUCCACCAGACUUCUCCUGCAUUGCUAGCUAUGAAAGAUGCUGUAGUUGCUGCUAUUCUGAAGAACUCUGAGAUCAAAGAUGGGCAGCAUAUAUUUGACAUACCAAGUGUAGCUAACAGCAUUGGACUGCAAGUUGUUGACUUGUCAAACCAUUUGCAAACUCUGAAGAUUAAGGGGGAAGUCGCAUAUGAGCUGAAGGAUCAAGCUUAUUGUUAUGUUAUCAUGGACACCCCAAAGGAUAUCUGUUCUUUAGCAACACAGCUUACAAAGUGGUUAUCUGAAGUUGAGAGUUGUAAGGUAAGGAAGAUGGACACGAUGUAUGAUGCUGCUGUGUUUGCAGUAGAAGCAUGUGACAAAGUGCAUGGUUGCCGUGGCCAUCAACACACACCAUGCUUGCAAAGGAAGAUUACAGAGUAUUUUGUAAAUGGUACUGAAGUUGUCAUUCCAAAAAGGAUUGGUGGAAGCAGCCCAUUUUUGGCAGCUGAUAUAAAGGUGUUUCUACAGUGCAACUCACAUGCCAAAUUUACUCCCAGAGCCAUUGCAAGGAUAUUGCAUGGCAUUGCAAGCCCAGCAUUCCCAUCUGCUGUUUGGUCGAGAACUCACUUCUGGGGAAGGUACAUGCAAACAGACUUCAAAGCAAUAACCGAAGCAGCAAAGACAGAGCUCAUGAAACUAGUAGGGAAGGAUGCUCUUAAAGGAGGUCAUUCCAUGUUAUGACACAUUGAGAUUUAACUUAAAUGCUACAAAAUGGUGAAAUACCAUCACUAUCUAAGAUAUGCUGUUGUAGUUCCCUCUUGUCUCCUUGGGUUGAGCAUGAAAGCUACAUCCUCUUUCUUUUCUUUUUUCUUCCAGUGCUUGCAUGAGUAGGAAUCCAUACAUGUAACAUUUUUCUGCUAGCACUUUUAGGUGAUUCACUACGUUAAGAGCUUCUAAUACUUUCCAAAGGCAAAUAAUUGAAGAAUACAAAAGCUGCCCAACAACAAUAUCCUGCAAAUGAUGCAAGUUCCAUUUCACAAUUGGAGAACUACUGUGAAAGAGCUAAGGAGUAAGGUCUUCGUUUCCAUUAGAACAGAUCCAUUAUUGGCUGUCUAACCCUAUCUCUUUCAUAAGGAAAGGACAUACCUUGCAGAUUAACUUCCCGUGCUCAAGGUUGAAGGCUAGUACAUGUCGAUGGCUAGAGGCAUAUCUAGGAUUUGCACUUGAUAGAUUUAAUCUUUAAAGUUUUUAGCACCUGAACUUGUACUUUUGAAAUCAUGGGACAAAAAUGUAAUAAUUGUUGAAAUUUUGUGGUGUAUACACAUAUAUACAUAUCUCAAGAAUAAUGAGUCCAGUUGAACCCAUAGCACAAAAGCUGCAUCAGCCAGCCACUACUGUUGUGAUGGCCGCAUAUUAAUUCUAUGACAGUACUGUAGAGCUAGUGCAUAAAGGGAUGGGUAAAUAGUGUAUAAAAGUGUACAAACUUCUUUUGUAUUGUAUUAUUAAUUUGUAUUUGUAGAAAAUGCAGUUCUGGUAAAAUAGCUUUAUGGUUUA